AUGGACACUGCGAUUCGGCUCCUUCCGAGAUUGACCCCUGACAAGAGCCUCCCACAGCUGUCAAAUGGUCCCUGUUCAGUUGCCGAGAAGGCAAGGGACCUGACGCCAAGGCGUGGCCUAACCGGGCGAAAAAGUGGAGCUCACCUGCUCAAAUCAUGGAGGACAAAGCGCACAAUUCUAUACAAUGACAUUCUCAUCACAAAGCGGGCUCAGGAAAGAGCCGGGACAAAGAUGGGCUUCAAUCCUGGGUUAGCACAAUGGACUCGGUUACUAAAAAUGGCUGGACAAUGCCGCCUCGAGAUCUCUCUUUCGAAAUACCCUGAUGCCAUCGCCAUGGUGUUCAUCGAACAGCGACACUAG